AUGUUUUGGAUGAUUCUGGUGACAUGUUCGACUGCGGCUUUGUUUGGCUUCGCAAUAACGAUGCAGUGUUCCAAGAAGAAAGAGGCCGAAGCGCCACCCGCAGCACCUGCAGGAGAUGCUGCAGCACCCGCACCAGCUGGAGAUGGUAAGGUUUUGACUAUUUUUAAAAGAUACUACAGUACUGGAAGAAUACCUUUGCUAGGGUUCUAUGCCUUACGCUUUAAAUCCGAAGUCCUAGACCCAACUUUAACUACGUCUUUUUCAGCUGCGCCUAAGUCAUCUAAAUCAGCUAAAUCUAAAAAACCUGAUGAGGCUGCUGCUGGUGACAAAGAAAAAUCGAAGAAAGAUGAUCCUGCUAAGCCUAAACCAAACAACAAGGUUGGUGUUGCUGAUACUCAUGACCCUAAUUAUCAGGUAAGUUAGUCUACUUACAUUAGUUUUGUAUUAUAAAGUUAUAAAAAAUUUUAAACUUAGUUUUAAAAACCAAAAUUUCAGACCAUGGCUGGGUUGGCCGAUAACUUUGGCCCAGACAAGAAAGACGGAGAUAAACCCAAAGAACCGAAAGAAGGUGAGAAAGUUGUUGACCCCCAUGAUCCUAACUACCAGGUAGGUUUACUUGUUUAUUUUCUUUAUCUUCCAAGAGAGAUAACAUCCUAAAUACUAUUUUGCUUUUUUCUUUCUAUUAGCUUUAAAUUCAUCAUUAAAAAUUUCUGUCUUCAGACCCUGGCGAAUGUGGAAGACAAGUUUGAAAAGAAGGAUGGCAAAGAAGCUCCAAAGGACGAGAAACAAGUUGCUGGCACCCACGAUCCCAACUACCAAACCAUGGCUAACAUGGGCAAAAACGACGAAGUCUUCGGCAAGGAUAAGGAGAAAAAGAGCGGUAAAGAAGCACCAAAAGCACCAGACGAAAAGGACAAAAAGGCCGGGACUCAUGACCCUAAUUACCAAACUAUGGCCAAUAUGGGUAAGAAUGAUGAAGUGUUCGGAAAAGACAAGAAGGACGACAAAAAGGACGGCAAAGAAGGACCAAAAGCACCAGAUGAGAAGGACAAGAAGGCCGGCACCCACGAUCCCAACUAUCAGACCAUGGCCAAUAUGGGCAAGAACGACGAGGUAUUUGGCAAAGAUAAGAAAGAUGGCAAAAAGGACGAUAAAAAAGAAGCACCAAAGGCUCCAGAAGACAAAAACAAGAAAGCUGGUACCAUGGAUCCUAAUUACCAGACUAUGGCCAACAUGGGAAAGAACGACGAAGUCUUUGGCAAAGACAAAAAAGAUGGCAAAAAGGACGACAAAAAAGAAGCACCAAAAGCACCAGAAGACAAAAACAAAAAGGCUGGUACUAUGGAUCCAAACUAUCAAACGAUGGCCAACAUGGGCAAGAACGACGAAGUGUUCGGCAAGGAUAAGAAGGACGACAAGAAGGAUGCCAAAAAGGACGACAAGAAGGAUGCAAAGAAGGACGAUAAAAAAGAAGCUCCAAAAGCACCAGACGACAAGAAUAAGAAAGCUGGUACCAUGGAUCCGAACUAUCAAACUAUGGCGAACAUGGGAAAGAACGACGAAGUCUUUGGAAAGGACAAAAAGGACGGAAAGAAGGACGAUAAGAAAGACGUAAGUUUGCAGCCUGCAAAACGACUCAAGGGUGGGGCGCGAAGUGGAACAGAAAAAUGUUUCUGUCAAAUAGGGUGAGAAACGGGCCGUCUAGGCCCGGCCUUGAGCUAAAAUUGAAACGGGCCGGGCCCAAAGGUUAGCCCCGGCCCGCGGGCCGGGCUUGAAAAUUGGGCCCGGCCCUUUUCUCACUCCUAGUCAAAGAUAGGCUGAAAUUAUACUUGGAGAAAUUAGAAUACUGGGAAAGAGGCUUAAAAUGAGGUUUUAGUAUAUUAAAUUUAUUCUAGUUUUAAGUUAUACAUCAUUUAAUUUGACUGAAAGUUUGAUUUUCUUUUUGGAUAUAGUUUACACAAUUAUUGUCUGAAAAUUUGCCUCCAAUUUUAACGUUUGUUACCUAAAACUCUAUUUUUAUUUUUGGUUCUGAAUAUCAAAGUUGAACUAAACUUUAAUUUACGUUUUUUUGAUCUAAAUUGCUGUGUAAUUACUUCUUUUUAAACUUGAAUUUUUGCUUUUUACUAUAAUAUUAUUUUACUUUUUUUAAUUAUCGCAUGUUUUACAUGUGAACUUGUUGUAACUACAAUUGCUCCUUAUGAGUGCGUUCAAGAUUAGCAAUUUUGUAUUUUUCGUGUUAAAAUGGUCAAUUUCAGAUUAAAACGCCCGAGGACAAGAACAAAAAGGCCGGAACUAUGGACCCCAACUACCAGACCAUGGCCAACAUGGGGAAGAACGAUGAGGUGUUUGGCAAGGACAAGAAAAAGAAGUGA